UCCUCCCUCCUGGCCUCCUCCUCAACCUUUUGCCCCACUUCGUUUUGACCAUCUGAUUUCAUCAGCCAGAACCAAAAUUAUUCCCAAACCACUUAUCUCCAAAAAAUUGAACUCCAUCUCCAUUUUCCAGGUCUGGCGUUGAGGAAGAAGAUGAUGGGAGGAAGAAGAUGAAGCGGCAGAGAAGUGACACAGAGGGAUUUUUUUUAUAUGCGGAUUUAUUUGAUUUCUUGGAUUUUCUUUACUCGCGGUGGUAUACGAACCCAUCUUAGCCGCCGUCAAUCAUCCACCCUUUAUACCCCCAGCUCCCCCACACAGCAGAGAAAGUUGGUCGCCCAACGGCAGAGCUUCUCGUUUUACACCUGUGAUAGAUUCAAGACACACCACCGUGGUAGCGGCAGGACCGAGAUGCACCGAGGCUGUUGGUAAUCGGAUGUAAAGAGAUUCAUCCAGUCCAAAUUCCACGCCAUGGAUUGAACUGGGUAGCUGAGGGAUUCAAAAUUCAGGGAGCGACGAAGUGCCAUGAUAGCUUCAAAUGGUUUGAGUUUUCCGAUUCGAAAUCGAUGGCAGAUCUAAAUUCAUUCAAUAAGGGUUCGAUGGCUGCCGCGUCGGUGCCGUUGGGCCAUAUCCCUGUUCUUCGCUUCUUCUUCUUCCAUUUCAUUGCUGCUGACGGUGAUUUUAAUGCUUUGCGUGAAUCUGACCUUGGGUUCAUGAGUCUCGAAUCUCAAAGACAUGAAAGUUUCCAGAUCCGUCUUUCUCACUACUGCAGUCACUGGAUCUUGGAGACGUUGAGCUCCGAGAAGCGGAUCUUGGCGGAGGAAAUGGAGACGAGGAGGGUGAGGAGGAGAGGCAAGAGAAGGAACCAAGCUAUUGAUCGGGUGAGAAAUUUAGAGAGCUCGAAGGAGGAGGAAUCAGACCUUCUAAGGGAUCUGGUUGUUCACACAAUGGCUAAGAAGAGUGUUGAUUCACAGCGGCGGCGGAAAAAUAGGGGAAGAAGAGGCACCGAGGGAGUAGAACUCUAAGGGGUUUUUUUGUAAUUUUUUAUUAAAUUAUUUUUAAAGUAAAUAAUGGCAUAGCAU